UUUAAACUUCAUCGAAACAAAGUUCAAACAUACGCGUACAAAUACUAUAAAAUGUUAUUAUUCUUAGAAUAAAUAUUUAUUGUUAAAAUAAAAUUAAAAAAAAAUUAAGACAUGGCGGCCAUACUCGGAGGAGGACUCGGUGGUUUAUCAACAGGUUAUUAUUUGCUUAAAAAUAAUAUAACAAAUAAUAGUAAUUUAAAAUUAUUUCUCGUCGAGGCAACUGACUAUUGUGGGGGAUGGAUAAAGUCAAUCAAAACACGGGACUAUAUAUUCGAACAAGGCCCAAGAACAAUUAGGCCUAGAGGAAUAACUGGUCUCAAUACAUUAAAUAUGCUACAGGAUUUGGGCCUCAGCGAGCAUAUUUCCUUUAUAAAGCCCGACCAUCCUGCAGCAAGAAAUAGAAUGAUAUAUGUUAACAAUACUCUUUACUCGUUACCUUCUAGUUUAAAAGGUGUUUUUCAAAAAAAUGAACCAUUUUCAAAACCUCUUAUUUACGCAGCCCUUAAUGAUUUAAAACAGCCUCAAAAAGAGUUAAAAGAUGAUUCUAUUUAUAAUUUUGUUGAAAGGAGAUUUGGUAAAGAGAUUGCAGAUUAUGCAAUCUCGCCAAUGAUUUGCGGUAUUUGUGCGGGAGACGCUAAGGAAAUAUCUGUUAAAUUUCUCAUGAAAACAUUAUUUGAAUAUGAACAAAGUUAUGGUGGAGUUGUAAAAGGUGUCAUGAAAUCUAUGUUUAAACCAAAAAAUGAGGAGACGUUAGAAUUAGGCGAAUUAGCUAAAAGAGCACAGGAAGAGAAGUGGAAUAUUUACACAAUUAAAGGGGGUCUCGAUACCUUUCCUUUCGUCAUGAAACAGUACCUGAAAGAUAAUAAUGUUGAUAUACACUUAAAUACCAAAGUUGAAGAAAUAGAAUUUAUAGAUUCUAGUAUGGUUCAACUUAAAAAAAGUAACGGAGAAACAAUGUCUGCGAGUCAUGUGUAUUCGUCUGUGCCAUCACAUAUUUUAGCUAAGUUAAUCUCAAAACAACAUCCACAGCUAUCACAACUCUUGAGCGAGACGCCAUUUGUGACAGUUGGUAUUGUAAAUUUAUAUUUUGCAACAGAAAAACCUUUGAUUGAACCUGCUUUCGGUUUUCUUGUGCCUCCAAUUGAAAAUUCACCAAUCUUGGGGGUAGUUUUUGAUUCAUGUUGCAUCCCUGACCAAAAUGGUACUGUCUUAACCGUUAUGUUGGGUGGUAGAUGGUUUAAUGAGAAAUUUGGCUCUGAUGUAACAAAAGAUAGAUUGUUAGAAAUAGCUGUGAAAGAAAUCAAAUCAAUUCUAAAAAUAGAGGAUAAAGUCACAGCUUACAAUGUAGGUAUUUUAGAUAAAUGUAUACCUCAAUAUAUAAUUGGACAUUAUGACAGAGUAGAUAGAAUUAGAGAUUACAUACAGAAUAAAAAUUUGCCGAUAUCUUUAGUUGGGAGUAGUUAUGACGGAGUUGGUAUUAAUGAUGUUAUUUAUUCAGCUAAAACACAAGUUGAAAAAGAUGUUACUAAAUAAUUUGUUAUUUAUGUGUUAUGGGUUAAUUGUAACAUUUACGGGUUGAAGUAAUACUUUGAAUUUUCUUUAUAGGUCUUCCAGAGAUUAAAUUUAUAAUAUA